UUUAUUUUUAAAUUUAGAGUUUGAUGAAUAGCAAAGACUCUGAACAAAAACAUCAUAGUCAUUUCAACUAUGCAAUAAAUAGCCAUCAGGAUCUGGGGCUUGGCCUAAGUGGAUUUAAUUGGCCUCUGACAAGAGUACCUCCGAAAAUAAAUAAGCCAUGCUACAAAUUAUUGCAAACCCAAGGUGCUCCGAUUGGACAAAAAGUGAAUCCUUUUUGUUCAAUCAAAACCUCAAUGAGCACUCACAAAAUUAUGGGGAGUUCACUCAAAUAUAUUUCUAAACACCAAGAGUUAUCAGCCUUCAGUUUGGUGAAGCCAAGAGUCCCGCUUAAACCUAGAAAUAUGAUUGACUCCACCAGUCAGACUCAAUGAAGCUCUGUUAGAAAGCCAGAAAAUGACCCCAGUGUUGAUGAAGAGAGCAAAGAUUCUCCAAUAUGAAAUGAGUCCGAACAAAUUUCUAAAGUUCUCCCAAGAACUUGCAAACCUUCAAUCAAUCUUUCCAAACACAAAAUGGAUUUUCCAAAGAAGAAGCCCCAAUCCGAUACCAACACAAGAGAUGACGUUCUACACAAGACGUUGUUCAGAGCGGUAAAGAAGUUCUACAGUCAAGAGUGCUGAAACACUAGACACGUCUUCGCUCACUCGAAGAACCAAGAGUCCCAAAUCCUGCAGAAGAUUGAUCAAGUCUGCAAGACCAGGUUUGCAAGCCUAUUCUCGGAGGCUGAGAUUGAAAAGGCAGCUCCUCUGGAACUUCUUGCUCUUGACAAGAAGCAGCUAGCUAAGUUUCCGCUGAACGACUUCUUCAUGGCCAAGCUCAUGGUCGCAUCCAUCUCAGCAAGAAUGAUCAUGAAGAAGUACAUCGGAAAGUAUGAAGUGCGGAAGGUCUACGUCAAGUACUACAACGUGCUCAACAAAUACUCUUAUGGCAAGCUAGUCAACUUGUUGACUUUGAAGCCGUUCCAGACAGUGUUCAAAGAAUUCCUGACUUCAUCUGAGUUUGCUCAGAUGCUGAGAGAAGACAAGACUCUGAAGAAGCACCAUGACUUGUACAAGGCCAAAGCCCAAGAAUUCUUGGAAAUUAUUGGCCAGAUGGAGGCAGACACUUACUAAGUUAAUGAAUCUUCUCUGAUAAACUUCCUUCUCCUAA